CACACACACACGUUCUGUGCAACAGUUGAGCAAAACGUGAGACUUGUGUGUUAUCAGGAGUGUGCUGCUUGCCUAAAUAGGGCAACUACUAUCACUGAGAAACGUGUUAACCCGGUGUUUAGAGUAAACCAUGUUUUGACUGCAUGUUAGUUUCUCCUUUGCAACUUGUGUGUCCCAUUUAAACUGGUGCAUGCAUAAUGUAGCAUAUACCAAACAAAUAAAUAACUUAUAGGCUACACAGUUAUUAUUAUAGGAUGUAUAGGGUUAUCUAUAGCCAACUCGCUCUGGUCUUCUCCAAACCAGUAUGAGACCUGGCUCAUCGACUGUCCGCCAUGCACGGCAUUUCCGAAGGGAAAUUCCUACACCUGUCCCGUGUGGGGAUUUUUUGCUGCAAAGGUAAAUCGACAUGUGACAGACAGGUCCAAGGCGCAGGCGUCUUGGUGCCGUGGGCGGGCCGCCUGUUAAUAACCCAGUCAGGUGUAUAGAAAUAAUCAUAUAUUUUGUGCUGUGGACUACAUGGAUAACGAUUUAUUUAUUUCAGACAAAGGACGGGUGCGCUUUGGAUAACUUUGCCUAGGUGGCAAUUGUGCGGCUCAUUCACAAUGAGUUUGAAUCAAUUUUUAAGCAAUGACCAGAUCACUGGUCUCUCGACUGUGUACCUGGUAUCUCUGUCUAUAAGUUUGAUUGGGAGUUUUUCAGUGCUGGUGGUUUCCAUUGUAAAGAGGAGCCACCUACAAGAACAGGUGAAUCCCCUGGUCCAGCUGGCUCUAGCUGAUCUGUUGGCAGCAGUCACCCUGAUGUUCACCAGCACGAUGAAUGAAACACACACCUUCACCCCCAGUGUGUUAAUCUGUGAAAAACUACUGCCUCUGUCACUGAUGUUUUACUUUGUGUCAUUCCUCCUGAUGGUAGUGUAUGCCUGGGAGUCAAAGCAUGCAGUCGAGGGAUGGAGGGAGAGACCAAGAGAGGAAGAGUCCCAGUGUCGACAAAGGAUGGGUGUUGUGCAUGUAUAUGCUUGUGUGUGGUUUAUACCGUUGGUGAUAUACUUUGUGUACGUGAUGACUUUAGUCCUGGUACCACCCAGCCACAUGACGGCAAACAACGCUGAAGCUAGCACAUACUGCAACAGCUGUAUCCUCUUCCUGCAUAUCUGGAGGGACAACUGCUCAGAUAUAGAACAUAUCCAUGAUAUCUUCAUACAAUGCUUCCUCUUCGUCAGUGUGAUACCAGUUUUGGUGUGCUGCACAGUGGUUUACUACAAGGUGGGCAGCUGGUAUCGCAGGUAUGAGGAGGAGGGACUAUUUCCUGUGGAGGGAGAUGCACGUUCCAGGAAACGGCUGAGGGGUAUGUUCUCCACUGCUCGCUACAUGAUGGUGGUCAUCAUCUUCUGCUGGACCCCAGCUCUUGUUCUGGUUGUCCUAUCUGUGAUACCAGACAUACCUCAAGUAAAUCUCUUCCCCCUGUAUGUUAUACAGGCGAUGACGUUGUCUCUGCAGGGCUGUCUGAACAGUGUGGUCUAUGCCUGGAGACGACCGAACUUCAGAGACGCUGUGCUCGGAGAGAGGAUGCCCCUUCUCAGCCAAGACGCCCCUCUGCCCUUCUUUGACGAAUCACUGAGGGGGCCGCUUGGACCCUUAACCUCUAACUCCUGACUCUAGAGAAGCUGCUAUGCUGCGGGUGGAAUUCUACCUGUGGCACAGAAACAGUUUACCCUCGUAUAAUACUAACAUUUACCACUGAGGGAAGCAAUGCAACACUGACCUCAGAUCAGCAUCUUGGGAUAACUUCAUUCUACUACUCCCACUGGGAUGGUUGUCCGGAACCAAGACAAUGGUGUACUAUGGACGUAGGGGUCGAUUCAGACUCAGGAAAUGUAUGCCUUUCCUACACAUGUCUUUCCUAUGCACUUCUCAGUAGUUGGUAUUCUGACUAUCCUUAUGCAGGCGUGUAACGGGCUUUGCAGGCGUGUAACGGGCUUUGCAGGCAUGUAACGGGCUUUGCAGGCGUGUAACGGGCUUUGCAGGCGUGUAACGGGCUUUGCAGGCGUGUAACGGGCUUUGCAGGCGUGGUUUCCUUGUAAAUUGAUAAAUACAUUUCAUAGAACAGCUGAAAAUCCUCCCACUUGCUCGCCAACAGACUUUCUCAUCGAGUUUUCAUUCAAUAAAGUUUUCUGUACAUUCAUCUUAAACCAUCCCUUUAAAUACGGUGUACCUUUUCAUUCGAAUUUGGUCGACAGACUCACUAGAAUACAUAGAGAGAAAAGCUUCAGAGUAUUAGAGAUCAAUGGAAGGAAGCCAUCGAAAUAUAUGCAUAUUUGUUACAGUUUUAGCUCCGGUUAAACUGGUUAAAAAAUAUUCUGGUAGAUUAUUUAGGCAAAUAUUAGGGUUAGGAAGGUAUGUAUGACAUGAACAGGUUUGGUGAGCCUUUCCGCACAAAAUAUAAUAUCGAUUUUUUUAUUUAACCUUUAUUUAACCAGAUAGGCCAGUUGAGAACAAGUUCUCAUUUACAACUGCGACCUGGCCAAGAUAAAGCAAAGCAGUGCGACACAAACAACAACCCAGAGUUACACAUGGAAUAAACAAACAUGCAGUCAAUAACACAAUAGAAAUGAAUCAAAAAUACAGUGCUUUGAUUCAUCCUGAAAGUUGCCAUAUUCAAAUUCAAUCCAUAAAAUAUUGGAAGGUGAAAAAAGUGUGCAAUAGGGGUUGAACAAUAGGCUAGUCCGAUAAAUCAACCAUAAUCCUUACUAAUAAUUGAACUGUAAUGACAAUGAUCCAGUCAUUGUGAACUGUGCGCACGGGUUAACCUGCUAUGUGUGGUCUGACUUCCAUAAUGAUUCAAAUAGGCUACAUGCCCCAAAUUAUUGCGCAACGUUAGCCUAUUGAUCCACUACUGGAAGAUACUGUUCCCACCUCACCACUGAAGAGACUGGAAUAACACCUUUACUCACAGAGUUCACCUGGUAUUCUACAUAAAAUGCUACAUUAUGUGGUAUGUCAGAAGACACCAUUUGCAAUUCAGAAUUUUCCUGGACCUCAAAACGUGCGUUUGAAUGUGAUUUCUGUAGCACCAUUUUUGUUAGUGUUAUUUAAAAGAAUCUUCAAUGAUAUAUUCAUUUUUUAGUACAAUGCUAUUUCAGUAAGAAGAGAGAAUGAGGUGAUUAUUUUGAUGAGUUGUAGAGCCAGAUGGGCCAGAGAACAACAUGACAUGACAAUGACCAUCGUUUGAUUGAUUGAUUUGAUUAAUGGAAUAUGGUUUAUGAAGUGCUUCCUUAUGGUGUUGGGGAUUUCACUCUUUCCAGUAGAUAGCUAGAGCAACUGUCAGUGAUUGUGUACAAUAUAGCAAGCAAUAUAGCUAGUAACCAUAGCAAGCUAUCAUUUGUACACAUUCAGUGUUUUUUAAAAUCAGGUUAUAUAGUAUCACCCUUUGAACAAAAUUAAUUAAAAUCAGAAGUAUCAUUUUUAUUCAGUCAUUUGACAUGUGUUUAGACUAAAGACGAAAAAGCACUCGAGGACUAAAUGUACUGUACUUUAGCAUGUAGAUGUUCUUUGGUAGGCAUUAAAAUCACAGGAUAACAUUUCCCUUGUAUAUUUAUGUUGUUAUGAUGUUUUAUUUGUGCAAUAAAUGGCCUCUUACCCAGUCCCAUUUGAACUGA